AUGAGGCAUCCGUCUUGGACGGAGAUGCAGGCCGGCCUCGUGCGGGUAGGCCGACUUACGGCCGAGGAAAAACUUUCCGAAGACAACGAUCGUCACGAGCAUCGCCCAUAUGGGCUUGUGGAAGGAACGGAUGAAAGAGCACAGUUGUUUACAAAAUGUGGAACGAUCCGAAAGAAACGUUGCCGAAAUACCGCCGGGGACAGGAAGUCGUCUAUUAACGUGUAUAUGGUCUACGCGGAAGGCGCUAAAUAA